GGAGAUUAGCGGAGUUAUGGGUUCGUCUUCAACCGAAGUUUUUCCACAAAUGCAGGAAAUCAUGCUGGAGUUUCGGGCUGGUAAAAUGUAUUUUGACGGGAAAAGGGUUGUCCCUGAUACUCGCAAAGGGCUUGUUCGUAUAGCAAGGGGGGAGGAAGGCUUGGUCCAUUUUCAGUGGAUUGAUCGGACAAAGAAUGCUGUCGAAGAUGAUCAAAUUGUAUUUCCUGAUGAGGCAUUUUUUGAGAAGGUUAAUCAAUCAUCGGACAGAGUAUACAUCCUGAAGUUCGAUAGUGACGACAGGAAGUUCUUUUUCUGGAUGCAGGAGCCCAAUGCUGAUGGUGACUCACAGCUAUGUAGUGCAGUCAAUUACCACCUCAAUCGACCAAUAGAGGAGUUCCCUGGUGAUGAAGAUCCUGAUCCUUCUGUUCCUCUACAAGUUUCUGAAGAUAUGAUUGAAGAUGAUAUCUCAUCAAGAGCUGGAAACUUGGUCAGCACAAACUUGGCUGCGAAUGUACCUAGUGAGGUCACCUCUUCAUCUGGACCCGUGAAACUGGAAUACCUGCAACAAAUCUUAAGUAGCAUUGGUCCUGCAGAUAAUGCUGGGGAUCGUGAUGGAGGCUUUGGAUUGAGAGAGAUAUUGAAGCCUGAUUUGAUCAUGCCAUUGAUCGAGACAUUGCCAUUGGAUCAGUGUUUAGCAUCAUACUUGCCUGAGGGUCAUCGGACUCCAGAAGAUAUAUUGGAGUUGCUGCAGAGUCCAUCUUUCUGCCAACAAGUGGAUUCAUUUACUUAUGUACUUCGAACUGGACAGAUAGAUUUGUCUCAGUUUGGUAUUGACCCAAGUAAAUACAAGUUCACUGUUUUAUCUUUUCUUGAGGCACUUGAGGCUUCUGUUUCUGGAACAUCUGAAUCUGAGGAGUCAAGGCAAGAUGACAAGGAUUUAAGACCUCAAUCUUGUAGUCGGACUGACCACAUGGAUGAGUCCCAGUAGUACAGGACUUUUAUUCAUCUCUGUUCGUUUCCUUUUUCCUUAAUUGUUAUAGGCAAAUUGGACUUACAUGCUCACUCUGUAUUUCUCACAUACAUUUUUC